CAAACAGUGAGUGAAUCAAUGUUUUGAUGAUUUGUCUGACAAUUGGUUUCACAAAAAAAGUUUAGAUUUAAUUCAAAACUCAAUUAAGAGUUGAUUUAAUCGAUGGAUAAAAUUGACUUGUCGGCGUUUUCUGAUCAAGACUUUGAUCCAAUCGAUUGGAUCAACAACUGGUUCGAUGGCGUCGAAGACAAGUCGUCGACAGAGCCGUUGGCCGCGGAUCUGGUCUCGAAUCUGCAACUUCUGGUGCAAGAGGUGAACAACUCUUUGGGCGAAAGCGCACAACAAAUGAUACAUAAUUUGCCGAAAGUGUUGAGAGAAGCCGAAGGACUCCAAACCGAUUCACUACAACUCAAGACACAACUCAUUGCCAACAAACAAAAGUUGGACAAAAUGACAUCCGAUUCGUCCAAAUCGAUGCAACGGCUCAUCACUUUGGAUGUGAUUAAGACACGGAUGACAGACACGUGCAAAGCCCUCGAAGAGGCCGACAAUUGGACCACUCUUUGGACUGAUGUGGAGGAGGUGUUUGUGAGCGGAGACAUGUCUGCCAUCGCAUCCAAAUUAGUGGGAAUGCAGAACAGUCUCAAUAUUCUGAUCGAUGUUUCCGAUUAUGAACAACGGGUCCAACGGCUCGAAGAACUUAAGGACAAGUUUGAGGCGAUGAUUGAGACGGAAGUUGUCAAUAGUUUCACGUCUCAGACAUCAGAUUCGGCACAUCUUUAUGUAAAACUCUUUAAAGACAUGAAACGAUUGCCUAAACUGAAGAACUAUUAUCACAAAUGUCUGAAGAAUCAAAUUCUUAUGGAAUGGAAGCGAAUCAUUGUUUUAGAUCCCGAAGAGAGUGUAAUCGAUUGGAUGAAUGGUUUGCAUGACUUUCUGUUGUCGUUAUGGCACUCGCAGAUCAUCUUCUGCUCUCAAAUACUAUUUCCCAGUGAUUUUGAGACAACAAUCGAGACAUUGAGCGAUAUAUUGGUCGAUGUUUUCUCAUCACUUGAUCCAAGUCUUACGCAAUGUAUCAAUGAAUGGAUUGAAAAACAAAACAAUCCGUUAGAAAGCGUGCACUUUAUAAUAGAGAUGAAACAAUUCACUCAUCAAUUCUGCAAAAGUCUUGAACUUAGCAUUGAGUCCAACCUUUCGACUAAAUGUGUUCACAAACCGAGUGUCGAAUUGUUAGCUCAGGUGUUGUACUCUCCUUAUCAGCAAAUGAUGGAUAAAUACAUCAGUCUUGAGAGACAGUGUCUCGACCAACAGCUGGUUGUACUCGAGGCCAUCGGACAGCCGAGUGAGUCGUUGAGGAAAGCGUUUACAUUUGCUAAAGAAGUGGAGAAACGGUGUCACCAGUUGUGCCAAUCGGUUGCCAUUCCAUGUCUACUACCGGUUCUUCAAAACUUCUUUACCAAAUAUUUAUCUCAAUUCAAGUCAAUUGUGGCUCAAAUUCGUCAGAAAUCGGAUUCAAGUGAGAAUAAGUCGUCGAUUCCGGACUUUGCGCUCUUCCAGUUAUCUCUGUUCACACUUCAGGCCAGCGGUGAACUCAUCGUUCAGACGGAACUCUUUCAGCAGCAACUCUUCACCGGUUUAAUGGAAGUGAACAAAAAUGUUUCCCACAUUCCCGCCGACGGGACCGGCAGUCCGUUCACUCGUUUCGAUCAAUUGAUACUCAAUUCGAGUAAUCGUAAAGAGUUGACCACUUUAUUGGAUGUAUUGGUUCGCAACGAAAGCGCGGCCACUAUUUUGGAGUCAGUUCUCGAGGAAUGCAAACACAUCUGUUCGAUGAGCGCAUCUCUUGUCAUUGAUUGCGCUCUUAAUUACAUCCAAAACCAUUUGAAUGAUGUCUCGAAACUGGUGUCGGAAGCGUUCAAAGAGAACGCCAUGAGUUGCGAAGAGGAAGACAUGCAUGCGUUUAGUCUAUCGCCACAGGAAUACAUCACUCAAAUCGGUCAGUAUUUGUUGACAAUUCCUCAACAUCUGGAACCGUUCGUAUUGGACGAGAACAUCGCCUUCAAAGUGGCCCUGAAGUACAGCCGUCUCAACACGAGCUACAGCUUCGAGCCGACGGUCAGCGACAAUAACGGCGCCGAAUAUCUGUUGGAUUGUAUGACACAGAGAGCGGUCGACGCCUACAUCAACAUCAUUAUGAAACUCAAGCGAAUCAAUAACUUUGCGAAACAACAGCUCAUCACUGAUAUUAGCUAUUUAUGCGAUGUGUUGGACGAUCUCGGCCUCACUCCCGGCCAUCAGUUCCAACUGUUGCUCAAACUAUUGAAAGCCAAUCCACAAGAGUUUCGCGCAUUAAAGCAAUCAAAUAAUUCAAUGUUUGUCAAUGCGAUCGAAACACUGUUUUAUAAACCAUGA